CUUAGAGCCUGAAUACUCUCAUAUCGUUACCACGUGGGCCUGCUCGUCCAUAGCCCGCAGUGGACGUGAUAGGCAACUAGCUCGGUGUCUGGCUGGCAUCUUCAGCUGUUCCGGACAGAUGCACCCGGUUAAACUUGCAAUCGUUGGCGGAGGGCCGUCCGCAUUCUAUGUAGCUUCUCGUCUGCUUUCGCUUCUCCCUCGCAAUGACUCAAGUUCAUCCUUUAUCCGUGUGCACAUGUUCGACCGUGUGUGGGCCCCACAUGGUCUAGUGCGCUACGGUGUUGCUCCGGAUCAUCCUGAAGUCAAGAACUGUACGCAUAAAUUCGAUGCAACCGCACUUGAUCCGCGAUUCCGCUUCUUUGGGAACGUUAAUAUUGGCUGUAAUGGGCCCUUCUCGAUGCCCAGCCCACUCUCCAUUCCCCUUUCUUCGCUCGUCUCGAAUUAUACCCACCUUCUCUUUGCUACUGGAUGUCCACUUCCCGCACUCCAUCCUGCUAUACCGCCGUCACGCCAUUGUAUCCCGGCCCUUUCAUUUGUUCACUGGUACACCCGACACCCUUCUCGGCCGCCUCCACCUGCCCUCGACAGUUUCACCCACCUUACGUUAAUCGGGAACGGAAACGUAUCACUCGACAUUGCUCGUAUUCUGCUUACCAACCCUUCCGUCCUAGAGAAGUAUGACUUGCCGGAGCAGGUCCUCGAUGUAUUGUCCCGGUCGGCAAUCAAGCACGUCUCAAUCAUCGGUAGACGGGGACCUCUUCAAGCUGCCUUUUCUAAUAAAGAGCUCCGUGAAUUGAUGAAUCUUCCUGAAGCGUCCAUGGUACCGAUUGACCCCUCUGUUCUCGUUCCACCAGACGGGGUUACACUUACGCGCCAGCAACGACGUACGUUAGAACUCCUGCAAAAGGGUUCGCAACAGGCUUCCGGUAAAACACCAAAAUCAUGGUCGCUUGAGUUUUACCGAUCCCCAACAAGUCUUACCUCAUCGAGCCCCGCCUCGCCAACUGAUAUGUCGCAACUGAUUCUCGCGCACACACGGGUAGAUCCUGUCACUGGACGUGCCGUACCUACUGGCGAAACGUCAACCCUAUCCACCUCUGUAGUAGUCACAUCCCUUGGUUUCCGUGCAGAACCCACCGCUACUUUCCUGGAUCCAUCUGUUAACCACCUUCGUACUCGGGCAGGCCGCAUCCUUUCCGCCAGUGGCACUACCAUUCCCAACGUAUAUGCUUCCGGGUGGGCCGCUAACGGGGCCAAGGGGGUUCUCGCAUCAACAAUGAUGGAUGCGUAUGCCGUCGCGGACACUAUUCUGUCUGAUAUCACACCUGGGCCGGAGAGAAUACAAACGACGGCGGCGUCCGAAUAUUUUUCUAACGUGGACUCGGCGGACAUAAUGAUGAAUCCGCAGCCUCAUCCUGAGAAUCCUCCCAAGGAGGUCGUACAGGGUAUUAAUGACGGCACUGUCACACAGUACAAGGAUUGGAGGGCAGUCGAUGCAGAGGAGAUACGAAGGGGUGAAGUACUUGGCAAAGAGCGAGAACGCAUGAACUGGGAGGACGCUAAGGCGUUUCUUGCUUCCCAUGGACGGGGGUAA